AAAGUAGUGACAGUCUGUCGUCCGCGGUGUGGUGGUGGAGAACAGACUGGACGGGACAGGGCAGCGCUACACGGGGGGCGGCAGGCGGUAGCGGCUGGUACCACCGCUCCGAUACCGAGGACGUACAAAUCCGAGCUCUGGAGAAAUAUCUAGGACUUCAUGACGUUCGGCUAAUGGGAUUUGACUUGAUGAAAUAACAGAGCUGAGCAUGAACACUUCGCGUCAGAUGUAAUCCGAGGAUUUGAACACUGGGAGAUAUCCUCACACACAUACAGAGGGGAGGAAGGCCAUGAACAGACACUCACCCGCUUUGUAAUCACCAUUGUCGCUGCGUGCGUGUGUGUGUUUUCGGUGUCUCCUCCUCUGAGCAUGAACUGGAUGAUUUGAUGGGGCUGCUCAGGCUCAUGAUGCCGCCCAAGUUGCAGCUUCUGGCGCUGCUAGCGUUCGCAGUGGCCAUGUUCUUCCUGGAGAACCAGAUCCAGAAGCUGGAGGAGUCCCGGGGAAAGCUCGAACGAGCCAUCGCCAGACAUGAGGUACGAGAGAUCGAACAGCGGCACACACAGGACAGCCUGCGGGAACGGGACUCAUCCACAGCAUCGCUCUCUGACAGCGAAGAUGACAUAGUCAUCAUCUACAACCGCGUACCCAAGACGGCCAGCACCUCUUUCACCAACAUUGCCUACGACCUGUGUGGGAAGAACCACUACCACGUCCUGCACAUCAACACCACCAAGAACAACCCGGUCAUGUCCAUACAGGACCAGGUGCGGUUUGUAAAGAAUGUGACUGAAUGGAGGGAAAUGAAGCCGGCUUUCUACCACGGGCACGUCUCCUUCCUGGACUUCACCAAGUUUGGGGUGAAGAGGAAGCCCAUCUACAUAAACGUGAUCCGAGACCCCAUUGAAAGGCUGGUGUCCUAUUACUACUUUCUGCGUUUUGGGGAUGACUAUCGCCCCGGCCUAAGACGCAGGAAGCAAGGAGACAAGAAGACAUUUGAUGAAUGUGUGUCAGCUGGCGGCUCAGACUGUGCCCCCGAGAAGCUCUGGCUCCAGAUCCCUUUUUUUUGUGGUCACUACUCUGAAUGCUGGAACGUGGGAAGCCAGUGGGCUCUGGAGCAGGCCAAAUACAACCUGGUGAACGAGUACAUGCUGGUCGGAGUAACAGAGGAGCUGGAGGACUUUGUCAUGAUGCUGGAGGCUGCGCUGCCACGCUUCUUCAAAGGAGCCACUGAGCUGUACAAAACAGGGAAGAAAUCCCACCUGAGGAAAACCAGCGAGAAGAAGCCGCCCACAAAGGAGUCCAUCGCCAAGCUGCAGCAGUCAGCCAUCUGGAAGAUGGAGAAUGAGUUUUAUGAGUUUGCACUGGAGCAGUUCCAGUUCGUCAGGGCACACGCUGUCAGAGAGAAAGACGGAGAGCUCUACCUGCUGGCACAAAACUUCUUCUAUGAGAAAAUCUACCCCAAAAACUAAAGAGACACAUCACUAGAAGAGUUUGGAGAGGAUAAGCUGUGCACUCUGAGAGGAAACAAAGAAGGAACGUGAGAGUAAUAGAGUAACCCGCCUCUGACGCAGCGGUCAGACUGGUGACAGCUCUGUUAUUCACACCCAUGCCAACUGGACGAAGAGCUCAUGUUUCAUCAGCAGGCUGUGUUCCCUGCAGCUCCCAGGCCUUCACUCCCUUUCACUUCCAUGACAAAGGCCUCUGCUGCCACGUGGUGGGACACGUCCUCUGCAGCAGCUGAUCAAACCCUGACUCCUGAUUGACUUCACUUACCAGACCAAACAUUUCUUUGGCUCUGUACUGUUUGAUUGUGUUUUCAUGUAUUUUAGCUCUUUGCUAUGGUUGUAUUUUGUAUGUACUGAUGGUGACGUUUUCCAUGGCCAGACAACAUCCCCAUGCCUCACCACCACCACUAACUUAGAGAUUUUAAGUGUAAGACUACUGUGAUGUAUUAUUGGGCCGGGAUGAGAAAUUCUGAGGUUUUUAUGAAAUAAACAUCCUGUGACUAUGGACUUCAUUGAGGCAAGUGCGUAUGUUUUAUACUGCAAUUGACGUGUUGUUUUGAUGAUUCCCGUUAAUGUGUAGCUUUGCCCAGAGGCUUUUUGUGGGUAAUGAAAGACACAUUUGCACGUAUUACUGAAGUGUGUAAAAUUUACCGUGAAGAUGCUGCUGCUGUAAAUAUUUACUACUUUUUCAGUCCAUUUCAUUUCCAGGCAGAUUGGUUUCAGUACAAUAUUAACCCCUUUUUCCAUUAGCACACUUUUAAAGUAAUUGCCUGGGCAUUUUAUCACGUUGUACAGUUCUUUUACCACUUUCAUUUAAAUUUGUGCCUUUUUUCCAUUGUAGAAGCAGAUGAACAUGAGCAUCCGCUAAUAUGCUACGUUGCUUCUUAAAGCAAAAGCCUCAGCAUUUAUUUAUUUGCUUUCUUGUCGAGGGCUGGAUCAGAAGAUGGAUAGCGCUCUCAUUAGAGUCUGUUUAUAUAAGGUUACAGCCAGGACAUGGUUAGCCUAGCUCAGUAUAAUGACAGGAAAUAGGGAAAUGGUUAGCCUGUCACAUGACCCUGGAUUAAACACAAAACAGUUUGUUCAUCAAGGACCUUUACUGUGGUGGCUGGUGGAUUGUUCUACCUUUCAAACAAACCAAAAGUAGCUGUUCCUGCCCGUUUCCAGUUUUAAAGCUUAGCUAAGCUAACUGGCUGCAGAAUUACGUAUGUUUAAGAGUGAUGAGAGAGUAGGGUUAAUCUUCUCCUCAAACUCUCUGCAAGAAAAUAAAUAUGCACAUAUUUCCCAGAAUGUCAAACUGUUCUUUUAAAUGUCACAGUUUUAUUUGCAGUUUUCUACAUAACUUGUGAAGUCUUUCAUUGUCUUGAAGGUUGGGUUUAUUCCAGUUCCUGUGGCCUGUAAUUGGCAGAGGUUCUUGUCUCCCCUCGAUAAAAAUGCUAACAGUCGGAAAAGUCACCUCUGCCUCAUCAAGAAGAUGUAUUAGUGUGAAGGCCUGAAAGAGCUGCACAGAAUUUCUCCCCCAGAUGUACUGUGACAUCACAACUCCUGAAAUAUUCAAAUGAAUAGGUACUCCUUUUCAUCUGAGGAUGUAGAGUACUGCUGAGUUUCUGUGUGCCUUCUCUACACCCAGCUAUCCUUGUGUUGAAGCUUAGUCAGGUGGAACAUAAAAUCAACAUGACUGCCAUGACUGUUUUCACCUUUUGAUUGCCAAACAAAUACACAGAACAUAAAAAAA